UUCCUCCCUUUGAACUUAUAAAGUCAUUGUGCCUCCUCUUGAGGAUCACCUGUUCACAAUGGCCUUUGAGGAGCUCCUGGAUAAAGUUGGUGGCCUGGGAAAAUUUCAGAUCCUUCAGAUGGCUUUAUUUUUUCCCUUUUUGAUGCUUGGAGUCUGUCAGGUGCUGUUGGAGAAUUUCACUGCAGCCAUUCCUGGUCAUCGCUGCUGGGUCCACAUCUUGGAUAAUGACACUGUCUCUGAUAAUGGCACUGGGAUACUCAGCCCUGAUGUCUUCCUAAGAAUCUCCAUCCCAUUGGAUUCAAACUUGAAGCCAGAAAAAUGUCAUUGCUUCCUUCUUCCCCAGUGGCAGCUCCUUCACCUGAAUGGGACCCUCCCCAACAUGACUCACCUGGACACAGAGCCCUGUGUGGAUGGCUGGGUGUAUGAUCAAAGCUCUUUCCACUCUACCAUAGUGACUGAGUGGGACCUAGUAUGUAAUUAUCAGUCACAGAAACCAGUGGUUCAGUUCCUAUUCAUGGUUGGAAUGCUGGUGGGAGGCUUCGUGUAUGGCCAUCUCUCAGACAGGUUUGGGAGGAGGUUGGUUCUCAGAUGGUGUUCGCUCCAGCUUGCCAUCUCUGGGACCUGUGGUUUUGCUCCCACCUUCCUCACUUUCUGCUCACUACACUUUUGGUCAGGUUGUUCUACUGUGGUCAUCUUAAUAAAUACCGGUACACUCAUUGUGGAGUGGACAAGAUCCCAGUCUAAAGCCAUGGUAAUAACACUGGUAACCUGUGCCACUAGUAUGGGACAGAUAGUCCUGGGAGGACUGGCUUUUGUUUUUCGAGAGUGGCGUACUCUGCAGCUGGUGGUGUCUAUACCUUUCUUUGUCUUCUUUAUCUCCUCAAGGUGGCUGAUAGAAUCUGCUCGGUGGCUGAUUAUCACCAACAAACCAGAUAAGAGCUUAAAGGAACUUAAAAAAGUUGCACAAAGAAAUGGAAUAAAGAAUGCUGAAGCUAUGCUGAACAUGGAGGGUUUGAGAUCUGCCAUACAGAAGGAGCUGGAGGCAGCACAGACCAAAGCUACUGUGUUUGACUUGUUCCGUACACCCAACCUACGUAAGAGGAUAUGUCUCCUGCUCUUUGUGAGAUUUGCAAACACAGUGCCAGUCUAUGGCAUCUCUCUAAAUCUACAGCACUUUGGGAGCAAUAUUUUCUUGUUCCAGGUAAUCUUUGGAGCUCUCACAGCUUUAGUCCGAAGUCUUGUAUUUUUAGUACUGAAAUAUAUGGGCCGUCGACCAACCCAGACACUUUUCUUGUUCCUGGUGGGACUUGCCAUUUUGGUCAACAUGUUUGUGCCACAAGAAAUGCAGACUCUGCAUGUGACUUUGGCAAGUUUGGGGGUCAGCUUUGUUUCUGCCUCUGUCACCAGUUUCUCUAUCCACUCUGCUGAACUCAUCCCCACUCUGCUCAGGACAACAGCUUCAGGAUUAGAAAUGAUAAUUAGCAGGUGUGGGGCAGCACUGGCUCCCCUCUUGAUGACCCUAGUGGUGUAUCGACCCACCUUGCCCUGGAUCAUCUAUGGAGUCAUUCCCAUCAUUGCUGGUUUUGUUGCCUUUUUCCUGCCUGAAACCAGAAAUCUGCCCCUGCCUGACACCAUCCAGGAUGUGGAAGAUAAACAAAAAAUAUAUAUAAUUAAUACAUGAUACUUUGACAUUAUAAAUCACUGGCUACUAGAAAGAUU